AUGAAAUUGGAAUAUUAUAUUUUAGUCUCUGCACUUGUCAUUCUGGCUACUGCAGCUCCAGCUCCACCACCACCACCACCCGCUCCAGCUACCGCAGCUCCACCUCCAAAUCCAGCUUCUACAGGUACACCCGUCUUUUUGUCAAAUGAUCCUAGACGUCCGGUAACAGCCAUUGCCGCCGCUUUAGGUAUCACAGCGAAUCAGUUUGUUGCUUGCUUCUACGGCGUUACACCGGCUCCUCAAGGCAGCACACCGUCUCCAGCUCAAGUGCUUGCAAACAAGGCACAUCUUUUAAGCUGUCUUCAAGCAUCCAAUUCAGCCAUUACAAAUGAUAGCCUGGAUAAAGUCAUGGACACAUAUCGUCUAAAAUAA